UCCUUUCCUUUUUUAAAAAAAAUGCACUAUUCUCUUUCAGGUAUGGCAGAAUAGAAAUUCUCUCUGGUUUUAUUAAUGGACUUUUUCUGAUGGUAAUAGCUUUCUUUUUGUUUGUGGAAUCAGUGGCUAGAUUGAUAGAUCCUCCAGAAUUAGAUACAUACAUGUUAGCGCCUGUCUCAGUUGGAGGGCUGAUAGUAAACCUUAUUGGUGUCUGUGCCUUUAGCCAUGCUCAUGGCCAUGUCCAUGGAGCUUCUCAAGGAGGCUGUCACUCACACGAUCACAGCCAUUCACACCAUGGACACAGUCAUGGACACAAUCAUUCUCACAGUGAUCAUGGGCACAGUCACAGCCACGGACACUCCCAUGGAUCUUCAGGAGGAGGCAUGAAUGCUAACAUGAGAGGUGUGUUUUUACACAUUUUGGCAGACACACUUGGCAGUAUUGGUGUAAUUGUAUCCACAAUUCUUAUAGAACAAUUUGGAUGGUUCUUUGCUGAUCCUCUCUGCUCUCUUUUUAUUGCUGUAUUAAUUUUUCUCAGUGUUAUUCCACUGAUUAAAGAUGCCUGCCAAGUGCUACUUCUAAGGCUGCCACCAGAGAAUGAAAAAGAAAUAAACGUUGCAUUAGAAAAGAUUCAGAAAAUUGAAGGUUUAAUAUCCUACAGAGACCCUCAUUUUUGGCGUCAUUCUGCCAGUGUUGUUGCUGGUACGAUUCACAUACAGGUGAUGUCAGAUGUACUAGAACAGCGGAUUGUACAACAGGUAAAACAUUUUAAGAACUUGUAACCCUAUUCAAAAAUA